AUGGAUCAUCUUCAAGGAUUUUUAUUAUCAAUCUUAUGUGCGAUUAUCAGAGCUACUCAAUGGUCAACAUCUGAUAUGAAAAUAUUUGCUGAAAAAGGCUCCGAUUUAUCAUUGCCAUGCGGAUUUUAUUCCGAUGGUGAUAAUAGUGAUAAAACUAUUAUUCAAUGGAUGUUUCAUAAUAUUCCUAUUGAAGGUAAUGGAAAUCACGCCAAUAGAAGAUGGAAACCGCUGUUUCUCAAUACACAAUCGUUAAUUAAUGAACCACGUUAUAGUAUUCGACAUAAAAUUCGAAACUUAAAUUUAACAACAUCACAUUACGCAACAAUUUUAUCGAUAUCACCGUUAGAAGAAUCAGAUGCGGGCAUUUACAUUUGUAAAACACAUUCACCAAACACUAUUAAUGUUCAAUACCAUCUUCGAGUUAUUAAAAGUUUUAAUAUUGAUCCACCACAGAUUCAAAUUCCGGCGAAUGCGAUUGAUAAAGCUUAUUCUAUCGAACUUCAUUGUAUUUUAACGGAUAAUUAUCAUCGUCCUUUACAUAAAAUACAUUGGCUUCAUAAUAAUAAGCCAAUACUAUCGUCGUCUUCAACGAAAUCACAAGGUGCUCCACCGCAUGCAAAAAUCACAAACAAUAUUACAAAACAGUCGUACGUUUCGACAUUAUACUAUACGGGUUUAACACCGACAGUCAUCGGAUCAUAUGUAUGUGAAUAUGAAAGAUUAAAAAAACAUGUUCAAGUCGAAUUAGAACCAUUAUCAUCAGGUAUGUAUGUGAUUGAACAAACUGCAAGGAUAUGGUAUGCUUGGUUGCAUGAAUGA